CAGCAGAGCAAGUUGUGCUGGCAAUAGCCUGAGCCCCACGAUAAACCCUGGCAUCAGCCUGCCUUCAUCCGGCAGUCAGCGAGGACACUUCAGGGCGCAGGGGCAGAGAGACGGGACGGAGAGAGAGUGAGACAGACAGAGAGAGAGAGAGAGACAGAGUGGUGUCAGGAGCAGCCUCCAGAGGGCUCUGACUGAUACAGAUCCUCUCCACAGCUCUGUACGCAGUAGCUCUUUCUGCUGUUUCCCGACGCCAGCAGGGUUGAUGAGGAUGGCGGGUGGCUUCUUCUUUCUCACAGCAUCGUCACUAGAGCAACGGUAGCAUCAGCAUCUACAGCAGCAACAGCUUCAGCUUCAGCAACAUCAGUAGCAGCAGCAGCCGGAUCUAUACUCUGCUGCUGGUCCCUAUUCUUCAGCCGCCUCCUCUCUCUGGUGUCUAAGAGUGCUGCUGUCAGGGCCGUUCCGCCCACCUCCACUCCUGCCUCCUCCUCCAUCCUGCCUCCUCCUCCAUCCUGCCUCCUCCUCCAUCUCGCCUCCUCCUCCAUCCCGCCUCCUCCUCCACAUCUCCAUCCUCAACAUGCUCUCCUUCAUUCCUUCCAUUGAGCCACGGCACUGAAUUAAUUCUUCACCCUCUGACUGGAGCUGCUUUCUCUAGGAAGACAGUGUCAUGUGUGAUUGGCCAGCUUGCCCUCUGGCAGUAGCAUCAGCCUGGAUUCAGUGUGUGUCUCGCKCCCCUGCCUGUGCCUGGGCUCCGGCUGUCCCUGGAGACGCGCUACUGGGAUUUACCUCUUCCUGCUGGAUGGAGAUGGCGCAGGGCUUUCUGCCUUUUUGAAAACUGUUCACAGAAGGAGAAAUACACAGAUAAAAAGAAGGAGGAAAUAUAAUGAAUCAAUCAGCAGCACAACCAGGCAGACUGCUGGUCUCCCUUAGCAACAACUCAGGGAGACUAAGAGAGAAGUGAAUUGUCUCUUCCUAUCUUCUCUGGUGUCUGGUUUCUGGGCGCACCCCUGCAGACCAGAGUGGACCAACAGUCGGAUCUGAAAGGGCAGGACAAGGGGCACUGCAAGGGCACGAAGGACACGCAAGUCACCCUAACGCCAGGGGAAGGACCCUCCUCUUCCUCCUUUUUCACCUCCUCCUGUUCAUCACCAUGUUGGUUUGUCAUUCUUCCCCUGCACGUUCUAUUCAUUAGUCACAUUUUACUCGCUAAGAUGUCCGUUUAUCCUCAUUCCUGCCACCUGGACUAAGCCCUGCCACUGAAGAACAGAUUGGACAUUCUUCACACACACACACCAACAAGCACAGAGAGACUCUCACCCCUCCUCCUACCUUCCUUCAUCCUCUCUUUGACGAGAAAUGAACAACACAUGUCGGUCAUCAUCUGAACAUAAAAUGGAUGGGUGCAGAAGUUGCUUUUGAUGUGGGCUAUUUCUUUAUUCCUUCAAGAUUAGUUUAUUCUCCCGUCACUUCUGAGAGAAAGGGAACACUGCACAGCAGAGGACACAGGAGGAAUAUCUCUUGUUUUCAAAAGGAUUUGUCCUCCUCUCUCCCUAAAAAAGACAGAAGCCAAACUGAGGGAGUAUACUUAGAAGGCAAAGCUUGUCCCUACUGCCUACCAAUAAUGUAGACCAAGAUCAUGAACAAAAAAAUAGCAACUGCUGGGAGUUCUACUUUUCUAUUAUGCUUGGAUAUUCUGAUCUACAGGGGAGGUUGAACAUGAACCCCUUGUUCAGCUUGACAACCUGGGAUGCACUCUUUUACAGUAASCUGGCUGACACCAAGUCACUGCAUCGUACCCGCUAAAUAAGAUUGUAAAGGGAGGUGAGUGGGAGGGGAAAAGAGCAACUCCCUCAUACAGACGAUCUAAAUAAAUAUCCUCCUCAGAGACCGAUGCAAACGUAUACACUGACACAUGAGAUGAGUACGCUCUCUGGCUCAACACUAUUAUAUAAGGUGUUUUCACACACACCAUCUUAGCUCCUGUUCUUUUCUUCUUCCUCCUGUUCCGUGGAUCUAACUUGAGUUUUUUCAUGUUUCUUUUGYCUUCAUUUUUGYUACUAUCCAUCCUGGAGCCAUGGAUGGCGGAGGGUAACGCCAGGGGGUUGAGCGCUCAGGCCAGGCAAGGUCUUUUGGCUGUCCAGGGGCUUUUAAGAUGUUGAGGUCUCCCUYCGUGGCCGGGGCCCCUGUUCGGAUCAGUAGCAKUGAGGCUCCUCGCYGCCAMAGACAUGGACCCCGACUCGGCUCCCCCCCGCCCCUGCCKUCAGCCCGCCYGCCCCUGGCCCCAAGUCGCCCUGUGAAGGAUGUCCCUCAGCAGAGCUCCGGCCCGGGACACCUCUGAGACCCCCAGCCAGACCCCCAGAGAACGSAUCCGCAGCCACAUGAAGAUGGUGAUCAACCAGCUGGACGGCAUUCUCAAAGAGCUCAAGGAUGUGGCCAAGGAACUCCGGGAGGUGGUGGGUCAGAUCGACAAGCUGACGUCAGACUUUGACUUUGACCUGGAGCCAGAUGACUGGACAGUGGCCACAGCGAGCAGCACGUCCAGCAGCGAGAGGGGCCUGGGAGAGGCCUUCAGGCUGGACUUCCUCAACCCUGACGUGCUCCCAGACAGCUGGGAGUUCUGCAGCUAUCUGGAGGCCUCCGUUGCUGCAGCAAACGCCGCCCACAAAGCAACGCCAACGGUGCAGCACAAGGAUGCAGGGCUGGAGCCGGGGGCGGGGGCGGAGUGUGGGUGCAUCCCCACCCAGACCCAGACCCCGCCACCCACAACCGCCUCAGCCUACUCCCAAAUGAAUGGGGGGCUGCCCAUCCCUAACGGACCUCUCAUAGUCACCCCAGACUCAUCCAGCGCCAGCGAAGAGGCUUCCAGCUCCACACACAGCCACAAGACCUCCCGCACGUCCGGCACCAGAGAGAGAGUCCGCUUCAGUGACAAGAUCCUAUACCACGCGUUGUGCUGUGAUGAUGACGAGGAGGAUGAAGAGGAGAGAGAUGAGGAGAAGGGCGGCUGUGCGACCCCAGACACUGACGACAGUGAGCCCAGUUCUAGUCAAGCCGGCUCGCCCACACCACCGCUCUCCUCCUCAGAGCACUCCGUCCUCCAUAACUGUCUGGACCCUUCUUAUGUCUCGUUCCCAGUGAACGUGGCAGCGGGGACUCAUACGCUGCCUAGAAAGGGUCUUCUCAAUCCCGCAAGCUGCCGGAAAAAACUGCUACGGAACAGCAGCACACAGACUGUUUCAGAUAAAAGCACCCAAACAGUACUGCCCUAUAUUCCAGCCAAACAGAAAACAAAGGACCACUGAGAAACAGUAACUUUACAACAACAGAACUAAUGAAAAAGGACUGUGUACUAUUUAAUAUUAAAUGCAUAGAUCAUAGAUUAAUACACAACUAAAUAAAUACAUAUUAAUUACUAAAUAAAUACAUGAUAUGAGAAAUUACUCACCUACCUAAAGUCAUUCUGAGGCUCAGGGAAAUAAAGGAUAAAGGCAGUUCCUUAAGGCAGUAAAAGAGAGAAAAGGGAUAUUGACGGACCCUAGGCUAGUGCCUGCUAAUGUUAAGAAAUGGACCGGAUGGAUUCCUUAUUUAUAAUCAUUUGCAACACUUAUUGAGAUGACUAAAGCAAUCAGUUUUCUAGGAAGUUGAAAUUGUUCUGAAAUCGGAAAGUAAGUGUGAAGAGGUAAUUUCCCUCCUCGUACACCAGUAUAAAUCACAAGAAAAUAUAUUGCUUGUUCUUUAAGAUGUGGUUAAAAAAUACUGCACAUUCUGUACACUGAGAAUCUGUAUAAACAUUGUCUUUUUCAUCUUCCAAUUAUUUCAAAUGUCAAUGGGGUUCCUGGUGUAACAACAGGGAGUGUAUCUAGAUGCACAAGUCAAGCCUUCUUCUCUCUUUGAUGUCAUCAUAAGUGAGUCAAGGCCCAGAAAAACAUGGUUUGACCUGGCCUUGAUUUUAUUAAUCAUUUCAAUAAUUUAUCUCUUGGUCUGCUGCUGAAACUGUAGUUGUGGAAAGCAAGAAGAAAAACAGGUAUUUUUGUGAGAUUCUGUACUCCAACUCCACAUUGUGACAUUUCCACUUGAUCUAUCCGUUCCUCUCUGCAAGGGAGCAAUGUUGUUAGGGGUGACGACUUGAAUAGAAGUGCACAAAGCCAAGAUGCAAAAGGUUAUGUCUCUCCAUUCUGAAUCCCAGUAGGGAUUUGGACUCAAUAGAGCAGCAUUUUAUUCACAGGGAUUAUGCCAAAAGCAGUGCUGAUCAAUAAGGCUGAUUGAGAGAGUGCUGUGAGAGGUCUCUCUGCUGAGCAGGCAGACCCUGCUCCUGGGGGCCCACAACAAAAACUCACAGUUAGAKCUCCAUCUAUUUCCUCUGCUAUUAGUGGCAGACAUGGACAGACGCAGCCUUCAAGAAAGAGAUUGGCAUUUAAGAAAUGUGUGCCAGGAUGUGAAAGAGUGGGUGGCAGACAGAGAGAAAGAGAGCGAU